CGGCGGGCGGCGGGCGGCGGCGGCGGUGGCGGCGAUCGCGGAAGAUGGCAGACUUCCUGAAGGGGCUCCCGGUCUACAACAAGAGCAACUUCAGCCGCUUCCACGCCGACUCCGUGUGCAAAGCCUCGAACCGCCGGCCCUCCGUGUACCUGCCCACCCGGGAGUUCCCCUCGGAGCAGAUCAUCGUGACGGAAAAGACCAACAUCCUCCUCCGGUACCUCCACCAGCAAUGGGACAAAAAGAACGCGGCCAAGAAGCGGGAGCAGGAGCGGGUGGAGCUGGAGGGUGAGAGCUCGGCGCCGCCCCGCAAGGUGGCCCGGACGGAGAGCCCCGACAUGCACGAGGACACCUAGCCCCGACCCCAACCCCGCACCCCGACCCGCCCCGACCCCCGCCCCCGCAGCAGCCGUGUAUUUAUUGCCCUGAGUUUUUAUUUAUGCUGAGCGCCGGCCUGGCCCGUCCUCGUGGCUCCACACCGACCCCUGUCCCCCCAGAGCGGGUCCG